UAUAAAUAGCCUCAUUCCCUUUCUCUAAAUGUAUCACCAUCCUCCUCUGUUUUCUGCUUCUAGUUUCUGUCUGCACAAUCUCUUGACCUGAAACAAUGGCCAAAGCACAAAGCAUCCUCCUCCUGUGCAUUGCACUCCUGCUUAUUCUAGCACAGGAAAACAAGGUCUUUGGCUCCACGGAGUCGGUUCCGGAGUUUGAUGUACGAGCAAGCCAAGGCAGCCAUCAGAUGUAUGGUACCACUCAAGGCAGUCUUAAGCCACAAGAUUGCGGUCCGAGAUGCACGUCUAGGUGCUCGCAGACAUCGUACAAGAAGCCGUGCAUGUUCUUCUGCCAAAAAUGCUGUGCCAAGUGCCUGUGUGUUCCCGCUGGAACCUAUGGGAAUAAGCAAACUUGCCCUUGCUAUAACAACUGGAAGACCAAGAGAGGAGGCCCGAAAUGUCCCUGAACAUUAGAUAUUCCUUCGAUAUGUUCCUAACCAAUCACUUUGGUGAUUCCAAACAGCCAGCGGAGGCCACAAUUAGGAGGAAGAAGAAGAAGAAAAGGCAGAGCCACAUUGCCUUUGUGCUCUUUGAUUCAUUCCAAGUUGUAGGUGCCUUAGUUUCUCAGAAAUACUAUUAAUCUAUUUCUGCA